AUGAACUUCACGACAUUCGCCAUACGAGUUCCAAGUAGCUGGAAUGAAGAAUUGAGGAAUAACCCAAAAAUUAGAUACAAAAAUAUACAUCCUCCUAGAACGAAUAGAAAUACAAAGUCACUACCAGUAUUGAUUCCUACUGGAGAAUUUUACAGAAAACCAAAUGUUCUACUGAAACCUAGGAAGUCCUCAUGGAAGAAUGUGCCAGUUACCAAUUUUGUUUCCAAAUUCAGCACGAAAUCAACGCCCUAUAGAACUAUAAAACAAUUCGAGCAGAACGUUCCAUCUUCUUCAGGAGCUAUCCAACCAGAGGUUGAACCAGUAGUAAACUAUGCUGGAGUCAAAAAUGAGAUGAGGAAUCAACGGUUUCCUAUGACUGAAAAUCUACCCAGCUUCACAACCAUAAUACCUCCUAUGGAUUCUUAUCAGAUAUUUACAGAACCAACAAGUUCUAAACUUCCUGACUUCACGCCUAAACCAACCUCACUAAUUGUGACUCCAUCUCGAACUAUGCAUCAUCCUUUCAUAAGUUCUUCAAAUAAAAAAUCACAAGCAAUACAUAGGCAGAAUCAAUUGAAUGAUUUCAUCAGCAAUCCAUCCAAUUUCCAAGUUUUUGAACAAACCUCUAUAGAUUCAUCACACAAAUCUCCACAAGAAAAACCUUCAUCAUAUAAGUCGACUUCUAGUUCAUUUCCUCCUCAGAAUUUUGAUCGAGUUUUCAUGAUACCUACUAAUCAUAAAUCUCAAUCUGAAACCACUGAGCAGACGACUGUAGGGAGAAACCUAUUCCCUCCUCUAAACUUUGAUCAGACAUUCAAUAUCCCUUUCAAUCCCGAAUUUGUGUCAUCAAGCAACAAUCACAAUAAUUACGAUCCCAAGAGCCAUCUUCUCAAGAACUACCGAGAUGAUAUGACUCAUGAACCAGUAGAGUUCGAUCCUUUUCUUGAUAAUGAAGCCACACCAGCAAUACUGAGGGAUGAAUCAGAAAAGGCACCAAUCAGUACCCAUGAAUACCCUGCUGAUAUUCCAACGAAGCCAAUUUACCCUGGUGAAGGGCUCUGGGCAACAAGAGGGCUCAAACAUAAGCCAUUCAUCAGCAAACAAAAGUAUGAAUCUCUGGAGAAAGAUGCGAAUACACCAAAUGGAUAUGACACCUUUAUAGAAGGUGAGAAAAUGUUCAACCAACAACAUCAUGGGUUCAAUAAACAUUUAGAUGCAUUCCCAAAGAAACAUAAUCUAGAAUCCCUUGAAGACAAACAGAGGCAACAAGAUCGUAUUGCUACCAAAGAAGAAGCUGAAACAGUACGAGAUGAAGAAACAACACAACCAGCUGAUAAAAAUGGCGCAGAGGAUAGUGAGCAUGGGAAAGAAUUUGUACCAAUGAAGCUAUACGCGCAAGUAAGACACAGUGAAGAUAUUGAACACUUACCAACGAAUGAUGAUGAGAAUGGAAGGUUGAGAGAAGCCAUAAAGGAAUCGAAAAUUCAAACUGUGUAUACCGAAGAAGGAUAUGAAGAUGAUGCUUAUGAUCACGAAGGUCAUGAAAAAGAAGCUGAGAAUAAGGAAGAGUUUGAAGAACUCGAGAGAGGGCAAGAGAAGACAGCUGAGAAAAAAGUGCCUCAUAAAAAAUAUAACUUGCACUUAGUACCUAAGAUUGAGUCAACUAGAUAUUCCAAUGGAUUCAAACUACCUACAGAUCAAGAAAUUGAGGAUUAUAAAAAGAUGCAACUCGGACUUGAUGAAGAUUCAGAUAUCGCUGGCUCCCAAUAUGAAGAACCAUCAGUAUUCAAUAUUAGUUACACCGGAAAUAAAUCUCCCAAGAACUUUUACACUCAUAAACCACCAAAAAUUGAGAAUAGUAAUAAUUUCAUGAGUACUAAGGAGAUCAAAACAAUGACCACCAAAGAGAAAGAUGACGGUGAUACUGAAACAGAAAUAUCAAGCAGAAUAAAAGUGAUUAUGCACCCAAAUAACACUGCCAAGGCACAUGAAUUCAUCAAAAUUCAUCCCAAGGUGUAUAAAAACUGGAAGAAAGUACCUAGUAGUUCAAAUGCCGGAAAAGGAAGGAUGUCAAAGGUAGAACCAAUUCUUACUGGAGAGAUCACUAAGCCGAAUAAACAGGGUAUUUAUAUUGAAGAAAUAAUAACAACCUCCUCCAAACCACUACUUAGUACCCUGCCAACAACAGAAUUCCCCGAUAUUUUGUCUGAAGAGAUACCAAUCACAACCCUUCCUACCACAGCUAUACCAAGCAUUAGGAAAAAAAGCAUACACAAUGAAUUCUCAAAUGUUCAUUCAAAUCCCUCAGGAAUUGAUAUCAGAUCGAGAAAAAAAAGAUUUGUCAAUGAUUUUCCAAACAUACAUAUUGACAAUGGUUUUAUUUCAAAAAUAAGUCAUGAGUUAGUGGGGGUUCCAGAUGACACGAAAGCAAAAUACCCCUACUAUGAGAACUACAAGCGGAUAGAUCUGAAUGAAAACUCACCACUCAGGUAUUCUGAGGACUUGAAUAAUAUGCCAAUGAAAUCAGAAGGAAGAAUGUCAUUUUACGAUCAAGCUGAUAGUCGAAUUGAAUGUCCAGAAAUUGAAUCAACUGUUGAACCAAUUCCUGAAAGGGUGAUAAAGGUCGGAGAAGAACAGUCUGAUGAUGAAUAUGAUAACAAUAGUGGUGAAGAUGAAUUCGAAGAACGGAAAAAAAGAGAUACCAAACAAAAUUUAGCAGUAGCAGAACAGCCGAAAGGUCCUAGGCUGAAUAGGUUGGGAGAUAAAAUAGAUUGCCUCAAAGCCAGAUAUUUUGGAGAGAAUCCUCUAGAUAGUCCAUUUUUUGAAGAAGAUACUAUCAGUCCAGUCAAACCAAUUUUCAAAAAUUUGAUUGUUGUAAAAUCCAACACUGAGAAUGACAAUCCCGAUAAUGUAUCUGCAGAGACUCAGAAUCCAACUAGUUUUCUUGCGGAAAAUGAAAUCAUCAAUGAUAUGGACAAAAAGAAACGAACCAAUAUGAUACGCAAAUUCAAAGUUCUGAGGGGAAUUGAUGAAAACUCCCCCAAUAUAAUCAACUCCAACAGUUCUGUUGACACUAAUUCCACCCAAAUUCCACCGGCUGUAAAGACACCUAUCGUGGAGAAGGUUCCUGAUGCCCCAAUAGAAUUUGAUGAAGAAAAGCUGGGUUUGAAUGUAUUGAAUGAUAUUUCUAAAAACAUGAAAUCUCUAAAUCAUAGUCAUAACAAUAACUCUACUCAGAUUCCACCUACGAUGGGAACAAAACCAACUAUUAGUCUUUUAACGACUCCAGAAUAUACGAUCGAUUUGAAGCCAAAACACAUUUAUGAUCAGAUAAAUUUAUUAAACUAUCUACCAAAAGAACAAAGCACUACCAACAAUGAAUCAGAAACGAAUGUGAUACCAGCUAUACCACGAUCAGAAGUGGAGCUUAUAGCAGAUAAUGAAACAGCUGGAAGAGACAGAAAUGAUAUGAGACAACCAAAAUCUCAUGAAGCAGAGGAACAGGAUAAUCUGACUUAUGACUCUUCUUCCAUGAUUGAUAUUCUACCAGAUGCCGAGGCUUUGAAAAAACGGAGGAAAUUCAGAAUUCGGAGAAAGCGACCAGGCUUCCAAAUAUUUGAUGUGAACAAAUUCAUACCAAGACCCUACACAAUUCAAAAAGGACACCUGAUUCCUACUAGUGGUAGUAUAUCCAAAGGUUUUCAAAUUUUCGACGUAAAUAAAUUCCUACCUACACCGAACUCAAUCAUAGCGGAUUUCAUCGCUUCUAGUACGGUCCUGCCAAAAUAUAAGAUAAUCAGUGAGGUAUCCUACAAAGAUGAUAUCAAACCAAAUGAGCAGCUGAAUGUUUUCACGGAUAUACUCAACAACAUUCGCAAUUCGUCAGGAAAUAUCGCGAGAGAUUCUUCCCAAGAGUCAUCUCAUAUGAGUAUUGAUUCAAAUGGCCCGGAAGGGUUUGAUCGAACGAUUAACUCACACGAAUACGAUAAAGAUACUUAUCUCAAUGCAUACAAUGAUCAACAAGUCGAUGACAAGUAUUACCCUUCCAUAGUUACCACAAUUCCAACUACUACUUCUACGCAUGAACCUAAAAUCGAUAGAGGGACUAUUCGAUUUUCAACAGAGCUUAAUAAAAACAAGCCGAGUACCACACAUCGUCCAGUCCAAAGUAAUGAUAAGAAACUUAAACUUUAUGCGGCUCUUCUGGAAGCAAAAUUGAGACAAUCGAAUGAGUUACAAAACAACUUGCCUGGAAUCGCUUCCACUACACCAUCACUGAGAGAUACAUACCCAGAGAGUUAUCGUACCACAGUUGGAGGCAUGAACCCCCCAGGAUCCCAACGUUACAAAACCCUAUAUCACCCAAAGAGAGAUAACAACAUGCACUUGUCCAUCCCAGCGUAUAGAGGAACUAGCCUUGUGAAUAAAUAUAUUGUCAUGGGCAUGAAACCUCCUCCAAGACAAAGAGUAUUGUUAUAUUCGGAUUUUCUGCUCCAUAACAAUCAUCUGAGACAACGAAAUGGGUUGUUGAGAAGCAGAAGAAGCACCAACAGAGCUGCAUAUGCUGAGGUUUCAAGAAAUAAAGCCAGCCUUCUCCAAGAUGACGAAAUCGAAAAUGAUGACGAUGAGGAUGACUAUGUUCCACAUCGACCAAAAAAUUAUUUCUAUGAUGAGAAAACAGGAAAAAUAAUUUAUAAUAAUGUAAAGACACCACAAGAUGAGGACGAAGACUCUGAAGUUGAGUAUAUAGAAAUUACUGAACCUCCGCGGCCCAAAACAACUUCUAAACCUAAGCAAAAUCCGAUUUUUGCUACAGCAACUCCACCUCCAGAAGGUCAAAGCUAUGUUGAUUUUGUGAAGAAACUGAAAAAUGCUGCAGAUUACAAAUUCAUACCAGAUCCUACAACCACUGAGAAAAAUGCUGCACAGAGUACUGAACAAAUAACUACACUGAGUCCAAUAUCCACCACACCGCCAGAGUUUUUGAGUAUUUUAGCCAAAAUACGAGAAACCAAUGAUUAUAGAAUCAUAAAAGACCCAAUGAAUGAUAAGAGUACUACAACAAGAACACCAGAAGAGGUUGUUGAAGAAGUAUAUGGAGAAGAAACCGCACCAAUCCACUUGGGGAACUCUCCAGGAGGCGAACAACACAGUUUAACAAAUGAUUUCCAGAUAUUUGAUAUAUCGGAUUAUAUCCCAAAACUGAAGAACUAUUUACCUCGAACAUCCAUAGAUUAUUCGAAAUACAAAACCAUAGAAAGACCUGCUGCAAAAAAUUAUCCAAAAUCGGAAGAAGAUUCUGAUGAACCUGAGAAGCCAUCAGCAGCACUAACACAAGAUAUAUCAGAUAAUUCAACAAACAUUGAAAACGUAGUAUCCAAGAAAGAAGAACGUUUUGUUGAAGAUGAUAUUCCAGUUACAACCACAACUACUACCACUACUACGGCUCCAAUUAAGUUCUAUACUACUGCCCAUAAUCGUAGAAGAAGACCAACAACCCUAAAAAGUUCUAGAACUUCGGCUAAACCAACUCCAACAAAAUCGCCAACACUUGCAACUGCCGAAAGUCAAGAGGUACGAAAUGAAAAACCUAGAAGAAAUUACAGAAGGAGACCUACGAGAAUCAAAUCAACAACUGAGCGACUGUUGGGCCAUGAUAUUGAUGAAACCACUAAAAUUCUCAGGAGGCGGAAAAUAGAUGAAAACACAAGUAGCAAAAUAGCUAGUGAUGAGAAAAGCAGAAAAAUUGAAACAGGUGACUAUUUGAAUGAUAAAAUAGCCAGUAAUAUCUCCAACCCUGUUAUCAACCAUCCAGAGAAGUUAAUUGAGGUAUUCCAGGAGUACAAUCAGGAAAAUGAACAUGGAGGAAAUUACCGUAAGGAAGAUGUGAGAGGGCUUAAAAAAGAACUACUUGAACCUGUUAGUGGAGCAUCAAGAAGGAGCAAAGAUGUAGAAAUAAUCAGCGAGUUUGACAAAACCAAACGACACGGUGGAAACUUCAAGAGUGAGAAUGAAGACUACGUUGAACUGACACAUGAAGAAAAACUAUCAGAUUCGAUAAAAGAUUCUGAACUGGAAGCGCUCGAUAGCGAUAAGUUCAAAUCGGAGGACCAACCCUUGACUAUACAGCUGUUACCAAAGUAUAAGGAUGAGUUGACUGAAAAGAAGAGGGAUGUUAAACCUGAGCAUGAUGAACGAUCCAUCCAAAAUACCAAUGAGCAUCGCAAAAGGAAUCGAAUUACCAGAAAAUAUAAGAAGUAUCCCAGAAAUCAAGGACCUGUUGGAAGGUUAACAGAUGUGGUCCCCAAACCAGAAUCUUUCUAUUCCGACCCUCAUCUCCCUAGAUCUAUAAAUUUGCUCAUGAUAGCACAGCCUAUGAAAAUAGAAGAUGACUAUCCAAGUGAAGAUACUGAUGAAAUCGACAUAGCUGCAUCAACCGAAAAGCCAUCUUUCAUCAAGGAUCCUAGCGAAAGAUUAUAUUAUUAUGCUCCAGUUUAG